GAGACGAAAAACAAAUUUGCUUUCUUGACAUUACUGUGCCCGUGAAUUACUUACGGCAAGUGAAUGGUGACAGGGGUGAGGGAGUGAGAGGUUUAAGGUGGCAAAGCUCGUUGUUUUCUAAAACCCUAAAUUGAAGGGAUGGAACUUGGUGCCCUUUGCUGUAGUCUUCCCUCUCAACCUCUCCAAUUCUCUAAUCGCCGUAUUAUCUCAGUGAGUAGUAAUCCACAAGCGCCUGGAACUCGCACCACAUUCAGAUUUCAGACACCAAGUUUGAGCUUUGCAUGCGCGUCCAAAUGUUUGAAGUGGGUAGAUACAUGGCCUUCAAUUUCUCUUAUGCAUGCAUCUGAUUCUAAUGUAUUUGUUACUUCUGAUGAUGAGGUGGAGCUAGUAAGUGGUAAAUCAGGCUCCUGUUCUUUUCAUGGGAUGACAUUCCCGUCGGUAGAAGGAGGAAAAUCGAAAAAUGCCUCCUUUGAAAAAAAGGACAACUCUUUUUUCUGGCUUUUAGCUCCUGCUGCAUUCAUAUCCUGUUUGAUUCUGCCGCGAUUUUUUCUCAGGGAUGUGGUUGAGGCUUUCAUUAAGGAUCCGAGACUAGUAGAUAUUGUGAGUUCAUUAUUUUCCGAGAUCUUGUUCUACAUUGGAUUUGCUACAUUUCUGCUCGUGGCUGAUAAUGUCCAGAAUCCUUAUUUGGAGUUUAGCUCAAAAAGAUGGGGUCUCAUCACUGGCCUCAAAGGAUACCUAUACUCUGCCAUCUUCACAACGGGUCUGAAGAUUAUUGUUCCUGUCCUUCUGUUGUACAUGACCUGGUCAGUGGUUUCCCUGGAAGCUAUUGUGACUAUAGGUCCAUUUUUAGUUGGUUGUGUUGCUCAAAUUGCGUUCGAGACAUAUUUGAACCAACGCGAGUCAUCUUGCUGGCCUAUAGUCCCAAUUAUAUUUGAGGUAUAUAGAAUGUAUCAGGUUUCAAAAGCGGCUAAUUUUGCUGAGAUAUUGUUGUUUGCUAUGAGGGAGCUUCCUUCCACACCAGCAGUGAAGGAACGAAGUGGAGCUCUGUUUGCAAUCAUGGUGACCUUUCAGUUACUAGGGAUGGUGUGCCUUUGGUCAUUGAUGACAUUUCUUGUGAGGCUUUUCCCUUCUAGGCCUGUAGCAGACAAUUAUUGAGUAGGCUUGUAGAAGAGUAUAUUGCAUGAAUUUGCGGGAUAUCAUUAUUAAUUUAUCAAUAUCAAUGAAAUCCUUUCCAUUAAAAAGUA